GGCACCAUUUAUUUUCCCGCCUGAAUGCCUGAAUGCUCGGGCGAAGAAACUCCACUCUGCCCUACCGGUAGCCAGACUUCUUGACUUCUUUCAUAAUUUCUUGAAUCAUCUCUCAAACCCUUGAACAAGAACUCCAACACAGCACUAUCAAAGCAGCAGCCAACAGCAAACAGCACCAUGGGUUUCAUGAAAAAGAUUUUCACUGGCAAGAAGUCUGACAAGGCCUCCAGCAAGUCCAAUGGCAAAGGUGGGAAUACAAAGACCAAAGAAGGCAGGAAAUCCGAGCGGUCUUCCACUGACAACAUGACAGUUGUGACAAGCUCUUCCAGUGCAAGUUUCAAGCAGCGAAAAGAAAGAAAGCCCAAGACCAAUGAAGAUAUUAUUACAGAAUACAUGGCCACCAUCAACCGCCAUGGUUCCGUGGAAGAGCUUGUUGAUUACUUCACUUCUCCAGAUGCCCCCCAAGUGUUUGAAGACGGGGUGGUCAUGCCAGCAGCAGCGCUCAUGGCAGAAAUCCGAAAGGUGUACCUGGGCUUUGAAGACCUAAGGUUCAACUAUGAUUCUAUCAAGGAAGUCAAACCAGGACAAGUGUUGUUGGAAGACCUCUGUGUCACUGGAACUCACACCAAAGACUUUGCAUUUGCAAACUUCCCUGCGAUCCCUCCUACUGGAAGGCAUGUUGUGCUGGAUCAGGAAAGGUUGUGGUUUACCAUGAAGGAUGGAAAGAUUGAAAAGCAGGAGAUCACUGCCCUUGGAAACUUGACAGGUCCACCUGGCAUGUAUGUUUCAGUUGGAGGCAAGUUGGAAAUGCCUCCGUCAGAGGGUUAGGCAAACGAGUGCUGGAGGAGGGGUUUGAACUAACUACAGUAGAUUAAAGAUAUUCAGGAAUUGUUGGUAGGCUUUGCUUCUUUCUUACCGUGGGCGUAUCGGUGCUGGAG